GUUAAGAAAUUUAGCUAGAUUAGUGCUAAAAGAUAAAUAGUAUAUACUCUGUGUACUAGCCUCACUUCCUGCCAUAUUCCUCCGUAGUUGGCUCUCGGCACCCGUUAAUGCUUCAGGCUUUGGAUGCAGACUCCGCUUCUGGUAGCUUUUCGCAAGCGCACGCUCGGUCUGCCUUCCAAGUUCCCGAACGGCCUUCGGUAAACUCCAUGAAAGCGAUGCCAGAUCAAAAACACCGCCUUCUUUUCUUUCCUCCAAAGCGAAACAUAAACACACAACACAUCAUGGAUACAGCGUCCUGUGGGCCGUCAAAUGCCUUACAGAAUUUAAGCAAACACACACAACGUGAUCGUUCACUCCAGAACGACAUUUCCCUGGGAGCCAGGCAGGCGCUGUUUGCCUCCAAUAAGUUCAAUCAGGUGGAUAGAAACUUGCAGAACGACUUUGCCGCGUUUAACCAGGGCCAGAACUCCUUCCAACAGGCGCAUUACGAACAGUUGUACAACCAGCAGUUUCCGGCGAACGUCGAGCAGCAACGGCGGGCGGAGGACAGCCAGUGGGCCCAGUCCUUCCAGGACCUCAACCUCACAUCACAGCCACAGAACCUGUCUGUCGCCUCCAACCAGUGGCAGAGCCAGUUUAUGCAGCAGGGUAAUGUACAGCAGCCGCAAAUCCGUCCCCUGAAUGCCUUUGCCACCAACUUCAUGAGAAGUGGAAUGACGGGGAACAUGGCCAUGACCGUCCCACAGCCCACACAUCAGCUGGAACACCAGCAGCUACACAAGCAGGAGGCAGAGCAGGAUCUUUUUAACCAGGAAUUUGCCAACGUGGAAAGGGAGCUACAGCAGGAAGCACGACAGGUAGAUGUGACUGUGCCAGAAGACCAUUCGCUUGCUGCCACCGCGGAACAGGUCCUGGCAGUAAUGACGGGAGAGGCUACCAGCCGCUCAGCGGAGACGAACAGCAAGUUCCAGAAUUCCAACUUUCUCAAGCUCAUGCAGUCAAUCGCGGCUAAGGAGGUGGCCUUGAACGAUAGCCAGGACAAGUUGGUUACUCGUGACGGAACGGACAUCCGGGAGGUGCCAGAGAUGCCCGCAGUGAUGGCAGGGGGGUUCAGCGGGAAUCCACUCACCAGAGAGGCCCGCGGUAGUCACCUCCCAGACCCUUUAGCACACAUACCCGAUGGUGCACUCUCUCCGACAUAUAACUCGCCACUGGGGUCCGCUAUGUUUGUGCAAAAGAGUAUGGGCAAGAAGAUCCAAAUGCAGGACUGGGUUGAGGACUACGGCAUGGACAGUGAAGACGAGUUAUCGAGCCAGUGGAAGGCUAACUUCGACGGUGAAGACAUGUUUAUGCUUAGAAACAGGGAAAACGAAGCAUACAUGGGGUAUGACGGAUAGGCGCAUGUCUGCGUAAUGCAAAGUCAAAUGAAUGAUAUGAAUUAAUGGUUUGUGCUUAAAAUAGAGCCGAUAAUGAAGGCGUGGGAAGUGGUUCCAGGCCGAUAAUUACUGUUAACCAUCUGUCAGUUAAAUAAUUCCGGUUUAAACUCUGACGAAUAUGUAUCCUUUCAAUCCUUUAAUCUCGAUAUGUGAGACAAUGGAAUCACCUGUCAACAAUAAGUGUGAUGAACGUCUGAUAUUUUUUAAAAAACAUAAAUCAUCCGCGCUAAAGUUAGCCAGCUCUCUAAUUCAUUGAAUCGCAGAGGCUCGUCCAUCACCCAGUUCAGGCUCAGUGCUUUACGUCGGCCACCCACGGUCACGCACAC